AUGUCGCUGAAUUAAGUCUAUUUUACUGCGACUCCCAGUGGCAACACCAACGUGGAAUCAAGCUGAUUAGGUACUUUGAUUGAUUAGUGUGUUGCAUUUGCGGGCAGUGAGAGAUUAAACUUUGGAACGGAGUGCGGACGGAAAAGUUUCUGUGGAAAUACUUUUAUUUGGCGGACAAUCGAUAGGAGGGCUGUCUUGGUGAAAUUUCAAGGAGAAUAUUAAUCAAUUGGGGAAAUGGAGUCGAAGCGAGGCGUGUUGAAUGAAUACAGAAAUGAGACUGCCAAGAAUGGCACAGACAGGCCAGAAAAUUCCGAUGAGGAUGGAAAUUGCGAGAGUAUUUAUAGAUACUCCGAUGGAUCCGUUCGCCUGCGGAACCCCAACAUUGAAUUAAUGGACCAAGACAUCCUUUAUCAUCUGGCGCUGGGAAGUGGCAGUCACGAUCUGCAGGAAAUGUUCGGCGAUGUCAAGUUCGUGUGCAUGGGUGGAACUCCGAAGCGUAUGGAGAACUUCGCCCACUACAUCAUGGGCGAAAUUGGGUACAAAUUGCCACCGGGUACUCAAUUGCAGGAUAUCAGUGCAUUUUCCUAUCGGUAUUCCAUGUACAAAGUGGGUCCAGUGCUGUCCGUGAGUCACGGAAUGGGCGUCCCGUCAAUUGGAAUUCUCCUGCACGAGAUAAUCAAGCUCAUGUACCAUGCCAAGUGUAAGGAUCCCAUCUUUCUCAGGAUCGGCACGUGUGGUGGGAUUGGAGUUGAGGGAGGCACUGUCUGCAUAACUGAUGACGCUGUGGAUGGGCUGCUGAGGAGUACAUACGAGAUGACUAUCUUGGGGAAGAUUGUCCAGCGCCCGGCGAAGUUGGACAAGAAGCUAGUGCGCGACCUCAAGUCUCUGGCAGACGUUGAGGAUCCCUAUGACACCGUUGUGGGCAAGACGAUGUGCACGUAUGACUUCUACGAGGGCCAGGGUCGCCUCGAUGGAGCAUUCUGUGAUUUUAGUGAGAACGAAAAGAUGGAAUACUUGGAGAAGUUGCGUGACUUUGGCGUCAUUAACAUUGAAAUGGAGUGCACAACGUUCGCCGCGUUGACUCACUAUGCGGGCAUCCGAGCGGCGAUUGUGUGUGUUACCCUCUUGGACAGACUCAAGGGAGAUCAAGUCAACACCCCGAAAGAAGUGAUGAACGAGUGGCAGAUUCGACCGCAGAUUCUUGUGUCGCGCUUCAUCCGGAAACACUUGGCUCAGCAGGGAAAAUUGAAGUCACUGAUGCAGCAGCAUGGUUCGAUACGAUCCCCUCGACGCUUCAAGCUUGUCCAGCAGGAGUCUGAGGCACACGAGUAAGCCAA